GCAUCACCACCAUCACCAUACACUCAGUAACCCAAAGGCCAAAGUUUUAGCUUCUUCAGUCCUAGCUACCAGCUGCUCGCUUUCAGACAGACAGACAGCUCGAGCCACUCAUCGCUAGCUCACUUGCUGGCUAGCUCAGCAUCGUCUUCUCCUCUCGCCAUUCGACAACGCAGCAUAUCGUAUAUAGUUUUGAGUUUUUGAGAUUGGCAGGCGAUAGAUAUGAGGACUAGUACUCGUUCUUCUUCUUCUUCUUCUUCUUCUUCUUCUUCUUCGCCGGUGGGUGCUCUUGGCCUCCUCCUCCUCCUCGCCCUCUUCCACUGCGCCACGGCUGCCCGCGCCCUGCCUCCUUCUUCGACUGUUCAUCUUCUUGCACACAAAGAGAACGAUGGCGUCAAGGUGGCGGCAGCAGCAGCAGCUGAGGUGGUGCUCCAGGGUGGUGGUGCCACCGGCAAUGGCGACGAGGUCUCCGAGUUGAUGGGAGCAGAAGAGGAGGCGGCAGCAUCAGCAUGCGAGGUGGAGGGGAACGACGACGAGGAGUGCGUGCAGAGGAGGCUGCUCCGCGACGCGCACCUCGACUACAUCUACACGCAGCGCAGGCCGACCAAGCCGUGAACCAUCCGUUCAUCGAUAUGCUGAUCCAUCCAAGCACAGCUUAAUUACUGCAUCAUCCAUGUUCGUCUGAAGUUGAUACGAGGAGGAAUUAGUCACCUACCACAUAAACUAAUCAAUCUGCUACUACGAGAACCCUGCAGCAUGUUAGUUUUCUCUGCAUGUCAAUCUAGGAUUAUCGAUCAGUGCUGUUAAUUUGCAUAUGUACUAUACCUGUUGUCUCCGUUGUGUACAUGGCUGUAUCCCUUUUCUCCACAAGUGUUAUCUCUCUCUGCAGCACAUGUACACUGCAUGUAUGUAUGUAUGUAUGUAUGUAUGUGUAGCAUCAGAGAACAGAGGGAGCACUGCUUGUGAGUGUUCUAUCUAACGAGUGUAUGAACAGUGCUAAUCAAUGGUGUUUUUGCAUAACUGCCAUGGGCACAUGGUGUGUGUGAAAUGUUUGGACAAGCAGCACAUAUUCCCUAUAUCUUCCCUGGUACUACUAGCUGGUUGGUACUCCUACUAGCUUCAUAGCAUGCUUGAUAAAGAGAAGGAAAUCAGGAAUAUAAUAUAACACAAACUUGCAUUUGUUUUC